AUGUUUAACGGCAAGCUGUACAACAACUCCCUGCCAGCUUCCCAGGAAAUCUCGGACUACCUCACCACGGACGCUGCCUGUGGCUAUCACGCUCAAAUCGCCGGCCCUUCUAACGGCCUGAUCUGCGUCUACUACAGGGUCUCCGACGCACCCGUUGCAGUAUGCAACCCUAGUUUAGGUCUCAUCACUAUCUUGCCAAUGCCACCAAACCCUAGCUCAAAGACCAUUGGACCAAAUCACCAUCGGGCGUUGUCUCGUGACUUUGGGAUUUGGUUCGAUGAGGCCGCACAAGAUUACGCGGUGGUGCAGCUGUUGUCGUGCCACAUAACCGGCCUCAACGUAAUCGGCUUACACUUGCACGCUUCGGUAUACUCAAAAGCGACUAAUUCUUGGAGGGGGCUGACCGGCGCCGGUAGCAGCAUUAUUGAUCUUCGCUUGUGUCAGUUCAGCCCUAUUAAUCCACGGUGCAAGAACAGCGCCUUCGCGCACUGGCUAGCAAUAGACUAUGAGAGAAUUGAGCUGAUCUUGUCGUUCGACUUCAGGAACGAGGGCUUCCGUGUCUUGGAGAUACCGGAUUUGGAGAUUUCGAAGAUGUAUUGGGAUAGGACGAUUUUUGCGGAGGGUGAGGACUCUUUUCUUGUGUUUUUUUCCGGUGACUGGGAAGGGCCUGAUUGGUUGAACAUAUUUUGGUUGAGGAUUGAAGGGAGCAUGCUGCAAUGGAUUCACAUGAAGAGGGUUGGAUCGAUUGAUGGCCUUGUCAUACCCAAGGCUUUGUGUGAGAGGGGUUAUGUUGUUUUGCAGUCUAAGAAUAAUGGGCAUUUGCUACUUUAUAAUUAUUGUGAUGAAAAGUAUAUUAAAUGUUUCGAGAUGAAGAGGGAUGUGCCAGAGAUUUUUGAGUAUAGGGGAAACUUUGUUUUGCCUUAG